CAAGAUUGGAUUACCUAUCUUUUAAAAUUUCAGGAGCUUAUAUAUUUACUUUUUGCUGAAGACAAAGAAUAUUUUGGAUUUCUUUACAUAAAAUAUAUUUCACAGUGAUCAUGCAAAAGACCAUCUUUAAGACACCCAAAAAGAUCCGCAAUGAUGUCAUAGUGACAAGAAAAGCUGAAGGGCAAGAAUUAUUGUACUGGAAUGCACUGAGUUUGGGAGAUGAAAAUACUGUUAUCAACAUUAUUAACGAGUCUGAGACAAAUAGCAUGCUAAAUGUAAUUUUUGACACCAGUGAUGUUGAAGAAUGGAAAAACUACAGGUUCAACUACAGGGGGCUGAGGCUUUGGUCUCUGACCUAUGAACAGGAGUUGACAACUCCACUUCAUAUCACCGCAGGUAGAGGUUAUGUGGACUGUUUAAAGUAUCUGCUAAUGAGAGGAUCAGAUGUGGAGCUAGCUCCAGGUGGCAAAACUGCUCUUCAUGAAGCAUGCUUAAAUGCAAGAGAAGAAUGUGCCAAGCUGCUCCUAAUGUAUGGUGCCAACCCCAACUCUGUGACAGAAGAUGGAUACACACCUCUUCACCUUUGUACCACACCAGAGUCUCUUCAAUGUGCAACUCUGCUUCUUCAAUUUGGUGCUACUGUGAAUGGCUCCUGCUUACAGGAUGAUGAAACUCCAUUACAUGUAGCUGCAAGCUGUGGUCUUGAGGAGCAUGUGGAUCUCUACCUGAGAAAUGGUGCCAGCAUCGAGAAGCAGAAUGAUGAAGGUCAAACCCCUCUCCACUCAGCCUGCUCUGAGCCCCAUGGAACACAGGAAAUGCAACGUUAUUUUAAUAUAUGCCAGAAGCUAGUCAGUGCAGGGGCCAGCAUCUUUACUGCUAAUCAAGAUAUGCAGACUCCAUUGCACAUGGCCUGCAAGACUGUAAACCCAAACAUUGUUGACUUAUUAUUACAGCAUGGUGCUCUAGUAAACAAAAUGAGCUACGGCAGUGAGACACCACUGCACAUUAUUCUUAAGCUAGCCUGCUUUAACUUGGACCACUGCCCAGAACAUAUUGUUCGUUCACUGGUCAACUAUGGUGCCAUUCGUGUCUGGCCUGGAGCACUGCCUAAGGUACUGCACCACUGUUGUCAGUCUCCACGAAUUAUUGAAGUUUUGAUUAAUACUUAUGAUCGUGUGAAAAUAACAGACACAUGGAAAGAGGCUGUUGUUCCGGAAAUUUUACAGAAACAUCAAGGUUUCUAUGACUCCCUCUUCGCUUUAGCCAACAAGCCACGAUCACUCCAGCAUUUGGUCAGAUGUAAAUUAAGAGUCAUCUUGGAAGGUCAAAUCCCUUUGGCAGUUCCUAAACUUGGUUUGCCUACCUACCUGCAAAAUUACCUGCUUCUUACAUUUCAGGACUAUGUCCACUGACAAACUUCAAGACAAAGAAGAAAACACGACUCAAAUUUUUCAUUCAGACCCAAACAGAAAAAUGUAUGUGUAUUUAUUUGAUUUUGCACAUGUGCCUGGACACAGAUGUUGUUUUCUAUUGUCUCAAUAUUUUUUUUGAGUGUAUAAACAUACAGUAUUU